AAUUGAAAUUGACAGGUGGUGCGGUGCGGCUGGUCAAGGUGUCAGUUUUUUUCGUGAAAACGGCUAAAAAUUCCGAUUUUCUAGAAAAUUGGAACAUUAACGUGCCUAAAAGUUAGCCUGGGACAAUUAUUUUAUAAAUAUGGCUUUGAACCCACAAUAUGAUGCAAUCGGCAAGGGUUUUGUGCAACAAUACUACGCACUAUUUGAUGAUCCGGCAUCGCGGGCGAGUUUGGCGAACAUGUACAAUGUUGAAACAUCCUUCAUGACAUUUGAAGGAGUGCAACUACAGGGAGCAGUUAAAAUUAUGGAAAAACUAAAUAGCUUGACCUUUCAAAAAAUUGGCAGACUAAUAACAUCAGUUGAUUCUCAACCCAUGUUUGAUGGAGGAGUUCUAAUCAACGUUCUUGGGAGGCUGCAGACAGAUGAUGACCAACCGCACGGUUAUUUCCAAACAUUUGUCCUGAAACCAAUAGGAAACUCAUUCUAUCUGGAACAUGAUAUGUUCAGGCUGGCUCUCCAUGAUGCAUAAGAUACCUGUGACGACGAUCCCCCGCACCCAUACAUGCAGACUUUUGUCCUGAAGCCCCUCGGAGAGUCAUUCUUCGUACAACACGAUAUAUUCAGACUCGGCAUCCACGACAUAGCAUAAACUGCCAAAACACAUCCAACCAACUCACUAGAACACACCUUUACUAUAAAGUUACGAACAGUUCACAUCGACGAUUGUGAAACUCAUCAUCUUUUGUUAUGAAUUAACGUAUUUAUAAUGUAAUGUAACAUUUUGCUGCUAGCUGAAUACCUACAUUGUAAUAUAAGCCACCAGCGUCUCAUCAUGUCGGCGCUGAGAUAGCCUUAGCCAAGUGAAUCUUCAUCAUUUUCAGUUACAUGUAUACAUUUUAUAAUAAAUACAUUAUAAUUUUUUAAAUAAA